UCGGCCGAAUCAUCAUUUUUAACGUCCGAUAUUUUAUGGCAACGCUUGCGUCAAAUCCGGGAGAAAAGCAUUUAAUGAGCGCUCCGUUAAAUGAGUCGUCGGCGAAGACAAAGCCCGUCUGUCACACGUGUCUUAUGAACACAUAUACCACAGACAAGAAUAAGACAUGUCUGGUGUCUGACAUCGAGUUUAGUGAAGGCGCCAAACAUUACAUCUUAAACUGUUUGGGACCUCAUAUUCCGCGAUCGGAGAUCAGGAGUACUGCCGACGACCGCCUCCUCUAUACACUCAAAGAGAAUAAACAAUUGAAGAAUAAAACUAAAGGCCUAUCGCUUCCCAAAAGAAUUUUAAUGAAGGUUCCGGUGGGAGGCUAUGAGAUCGAUGUAAUGCUUUAUGUGCCGCACGAUUUCGAUAGCAAAUCAAAGCAAAAAUAUCCAUUAGUUUUCAACGUUUACGGCGGACCCGGCAUGCCCUAUAUCGAUUCUAAGUCCAUAGCCAUAUGGGGCUGGUCUUAUGGAGGAUAUGUGGCCACAAAGGCAUUAGAAAACGAUUACAACGACACUGUAUUCAGCUGUGGUGUAGCUGUGGCUCCGGUGUCUGAUUGGAUGUAUUAU